UCUGCGUCUGUGUGAAGAAGAGCACCUCACUCAUUUGUAAAUUCGAAAAACACCUCGUCGAUUCUCGCACAGCUUCUCCGCCUCGUCGCCAUUAAAGGAUUGAUUGUCCAACGGGUUAACACUUACAUGGCACCGCUGCGGUGAAUGUCGAUCAUGGCCCCUGCAGCUGACGCCGCUGUGGCUCCUGGUGGCGCGGACGCCGUCAAGCCCUACAAGAUCCGUGUUUCUUCGCGGUACAUCGAUCUCACCCGCCAGAAACUCGAGCUCGCACGGCUCCCGCACGAAGGCCUCGUGGCCAAGUCAAGCUCAUGGUGGGAGCCCAAGGCCGAGGUCGAAGCCCUCAUCGACUUUUGGCUGGAACAAUAUUCAUGGCGGGCGCAGGAGGACGCCUACAAUACGCAGCUCGACAACACACAGUUCCGCACUGCCUUCGCCAACCCGGCCGCAGAUCCCGACGCCUCUGCUAUUCGUCUGCACUUUAUUCACGUUCGCUCAUCGCAGGCCACUGCUGUGCCUCUGCUUCUGAUUCCGCCGUUUCCCUUUACGAACAUCUCGCUGGCGCACCUGUUGGAGUCGCUCGUCAAUCCUGGGGUUGGUGGCAAUGCUUCCACUCAACAGGCGUUCCACGUGGUCAUUCCAGCUUUGCCGGGCCUGGGCUUCAGCGACGCGCUCCCAAACAACGUCCCAGCCAUUUCCUCAACAGCAGACCUGUUUAAUUCACUCAUGCUUCGCCUUGGAUACGACCACUAUCUCGUCACCAACACCGCGCCUGGCUCGACGUCCCCGGCACAGAUUGACCACAAACUGGUCGACUUCCUGGCCUCCUGCUACUCAGAUCACUGCGUUGGCGCUCACUUGAUUGCACCGCCGCUGGCACAACCAACACUCAAGCAGAACCCGGUGGAGUGGGCAAAAUGGUCGAUGGCUAGCGUCCUCCGGCGGGAUCUGUUUGGAUACAAAACGACCGAUUUUUUACAUAAGACGCGCUUGUGGCCAAUUUCACAAGCGGCCACGCCUGCGACAGCAGGUUCUCCGCUCAGCCUGCACUCCGUAGGACUACGAGAGCCAAAUACGCUUGCGUAUGCCUUGUGCGACUCGCCGACUGGUCUGCUCGUGCAGGUCAUGAAAAACUUACGGAUACGUGGGCCGAGGAAGGAAUUCACGCAGACGGAGGUGCUCAACUUUACACAACUGUCGUGGCUUCCUGGUCCGGAGGCCGGCCUGCGGUACUGGGCUUCUUGUUCUGAAAACCCAGAGGAGGCGAAGAGUACAAUGGGUACGAAGCCACGGGUUACCAUUACAGUCUUCCAGGAUACCGAGAGCAGCACAUCUUCAUCACCUGAACAGGCCGCAACGGAUGCUACCGCCCUCAGAAACCCCGCCUUGGUUCCAUCGUACACAUGUCCGGCAUGGGCAAAUGCCAAGUACCACGUCCUCCACACAACACGAGCGACUGGCGCUCCAGGGCUCCUAGCUUGGGAACGGCCUGAGAUCAUUGCCGAAGGUGCCAGGAAUUUGGCAGGCAGUGUUUCUAGGAUCGACAAGCGCCUCUUGAACGCCGAGACUGGUUCUAGUACGGCGGCCCUUGCUGGCGUCGUUGUGGAUGGAGACCAUUCCACCGCUGCCUCCUCCUCCGAUGGCGGUCGACCGGCCAUCGCGUCUGCAGAUGCCACCAGCAGUAAUAACAGGACUCCUCAGCCACCGCCUCUAACACAAUCACCAUCAGGUCAUCUUGCCCCGCCAGCAACCAUUGCUCCUGCCGAUCAGCGAGGACAGCCACAACGCGAGCUUAGCGACGAGACGAUGGUCAGCAGCAGCACAGAGCUGUCCGAUCUAUCCGACAAGAAGCUUUCGAUUGACGAGCGGAUACAGCCCUCCCGCCAUUUGAGCGACGAGACCGCGGUCUCGGGGCUGUCCUCAACUGGUAAUCUCUCAGCCAUCACUGCCACGGGGAGCGGGCCAGUCUCACCUGUCCCCACAAAACCGAGCUCGGCGGGCUCACUGCCGAUAUCACCGCCUGUCGUGGAUGGCGCUGACAAGGGCGAGGCGGAAAGGAAGUCUAAUGAAAGCGCCGUGCCCACGGCGAUCGUGGUCACUGCGGCCGACGAGGACGCAGCUGGAACCGCGCCUCCUACCAAGGCUGCUACAGUCCAGUCAUGAUUCCCCAUCAACACACCCGUCCUUAUUGGGUCCCGU